UACAUGUUUGACAAUUGACCCAGAAAAUCGAUUAAGUCCCCAUAUCAAGUUAAACGUCCCACAAGUAUUCAUUCCAGUUGAACAAUGACAAGACUGGGGAUCUCCUCGCAGAUUAUUUGGAUUUACAUGUUCUUCCAUUGGAAUGGCAGCAUAUCAGCUCAAAGUGAUGGCCUUCAAUGCUAUGAAUGUGGAGAGGAUUCGAGUUUUGGAUCGUGUGCGGAUUUUUCGACGUCAGACAAAUAUGUGACCGGGUGUCCAAGCCAAUAUCAGAGCUGCUUGACCACUGUCGGUUCUUUCGGAGAUUUUGAAGUACGCUCAAAGAAAUGUGGGAUUGGAGCCGCUACAAAUGCUUGUAGCUCCAUGGAGAUUGGGGGAGCUAUGGCCACGGUUUGCAGUUGCGAAGGCUCUUUAUGCAACCUAUCGAAUCCUGUGAUCAGCAGCAAACUUCUCAUGACAAUACCUCUCAUUCUAUAUGCCACUUCUUACUGCAGUCACAUUUAUUCGUAAAAGGAAUCAUGAAUGAGACAAAAAAUACCACUGUCAAAAAUGGAAUGAACAUUCUUUCACGAAAUAUUUUACAAAGCUUCACGCAACCUUUCAAAUAUGACAAGUGUUGGAGCUAGGGAUCCUGGAUGUCAGUCGAAGAGCUAAUGAAUCUUGGUAUGUGGUUCGAAUUUUUCUUUAAAAAAACGCCAAUUAGUUUCUUCAUUAAUCAAUUUACUCAAGCCGAGUUGUUUCACUUGAAGUCGUUGAUUAACGUUACAGAAAUGACAUUCGUUGACGAAAGGGGAAAACG